AUGGAACAGAGUUUGACUCUGCAGAUAAUACUCGCCUAUGAGAAGGGCCUGCUUUACGAGACUAUCCACGGCCACGAGAUGGACGCGCGGAGCUACCAGAAGGGUAACUUGUAUGACCUAAGGGAGGUGUUCUUCAACGAGAGUGGUUGGGACCAGGUUCCUAUGUAUACUUCUAGCAGAUUCGACCGUCAGCUGUCUCGGUCUAAACUUGAAGAGAUGCUGUCUAGUUGGGUGAUCUCCAAGAGGUCUAUCAUGUAG